AUGGCCAGACUAAAUGAGCCAGCGCUGUCAACAGACAGCACCAUCGAGAAUCUUCGCAAGAAAAUGCUUCGCCAAAAUAGAGAACUUGCCAAAACCAACAACGUCCGAGCCCUGCGCAUACGAGAACUCGAAAGCGAGCUAUCAAAUGCCCUCACCGAGAAUCUCAAGCUCCGCGGCUACAUCGUUGAGCUCGAGCAAGAGCGUCACGAAAAUGAUGCCCGCCAAGAUCAUGCUCUGACCAUCAAGAAGGAACUCGAAGCUCAGCUCGCGGAAUGGAGCACCCUCGUCGCUGGUCUGGGGCAGGAGCCCCCAAUCAAGCGGCAGUGGCCACGCGCUGCAGAUGUCGCCACAGGCAGAAUGAACUUCACUGCUACUCGUCCUAGCCCAUCGCAAAGGCGUCUUCGGGAUGUCGCAAACGACAUCGAGCAACUCGGUCAUAUUGCCGAGCACAAAGCAUACUCGCGCAUGUCCAUGAACUCCGAUCAAAUUCGAGCUUCACGACCCGAUGCAGACUACGAUGAGCUACUUCCAGAACUCCCUGCUCCUGCCUCCAUCGGCCAACAGUCGACCAAGGCUGACACGACACCACGCGAAUCCAGAAUCCGUAACUUUUCUGGUGAGCUCGACUCCUCACCGUUGGUGGUGUCAUCACCAAACCUCGACAACCUUUGCAUUGGCUCUGUACCACCCACAAAGAGCAUGACUCCGAUGAUUAGAGAUACUCGGGUCCAUGUCGAUUCCACCCCGGACACACCGAUCGCACCGCCCCUUAAGACUGGAACGAAGCGCAAGUUCAACCGGGAUGAUUACGAGCCCAUGACAUUGGAACACAUCACAGACGAGAAUAAACCUCCGCGGACCACAAUCAACAAAGCUUCUCUUCUUGAGAACGCACGUGGCAAGACUCUCAGGGAACUUGCCGCCGGACGACGAGAAGCUGCCCGUGCUGAGGCCGCGAGAAAUGCGGCGAGGGUACCAUUAGCAAAGAAGAGCACAAACGAUGAUGUUCAGUCGCCCAAGAAGCGUCGAACAACAUCCGUCGACGAAAGUAGCUCUUUGAAAAAGACGGGAAAGAAGACAGAAAGUGCCAGUGUCAGCGCGGAAAAAUUAAGGGCUUUUCUAGCCGCGGCAGCCGAAAGAAGGCUCGCCCAACAAGCAGCUCUUCCGGUCGUGGCUACGAUAGAACCCUCGCGUCUGGAUACAGGUUACAGGAAGAACAAAGGAGAUACCCCACCCCCCACGGAUAUUGGCUCUCAAGGUGAGACGUCCAGACCAAGCCGUAGAAGCAGACCAGCCAUCAGCUACGCCGAGCCCAAUCUGAGGGACAAGAUGAGGCGACCGAGAAACGAGACAUUUGACGCGGUUUCCGGCGAGGGCAAAAGCAGGCGCUUCAGUCACUCUGAAAUCUCUACCGGCGACGUCAAGAGGGAGUCGACCGGCUCAGAUUCCUUCAGAAAGUACAUUACGCGCCCGCGAAGCUCUGAUGUAUCUACAGAGAGUGCACCAGCCCGCGUUGCAGCAGGCCACUCAUCCUUGCCACAUGAACUGCCGUCAACCGUGCAGGCUAAUCGUCGACAAAGGAGUUCGCGCCAAGCUUCUCCAGCGAGCGAGCAGAGUGACGUCUACGAGUUUAGUAGCUCGUCACCGCACACGGAAGAAAGCUCCGGGUAUCUGACACGACGAAGCGGGCGCAGAACCACUGCGCCACGAAGACUAUCGGCCGCCGAUAAUGAGGAUCAUGGUGUCGUCAGCCAUAUCACCACACGAAGACGGAGCAUGAUGGUCUAG